AUGAGCCAUCACUACCAACAAGACUACCCCACGCCGUCCAGCGACAACGACGAAUCGACGUCCACUCGCCUCGAGCGACUUUCACGCUCCGUCCCCGAAGCCAUCAACGCCCGCGACUUCACCUUCUCCUCCAAAGACGGCCAGGAGCUGCUCGCCCAUACAUCGGCCGACUUCAUGUGCCAUCUCGACUCGCAGGCCCAGCCCAUCACGCUCGCCGAACAAGUUCAGGCUUGGGCGGAUAGAGCUCGUGAACACCCAGACUUCCGAUUCGAAUUGCAAGAUGUGAGCUCAGACGUGAAUGAGAGGCGAGGCGAGGCGAGUGUCUACUUGAGCCUGAUCUGGACGGGCAUCAACGAUGUGAAUCUACACGCCAUUGCGGAGAUGAAAUGGAGGCGGCGAGGAACUUGGUGGGAACUGUAUUGGGUCUAUGGGCUGCGGAGUAUGCCCGAGCCUGGCAACGAGUUCGACUCGAGAGUGCCAUGA